AUGUAUGAAUCCUACUUUAAUAACAAGCUCACCAAUGCACUUGUGUACUACGUUUUUUUAUUGCUUUUGCUUCUCAUUUCACCUUUUCUUUUCUUUUGUGAACUCGUCACCAUCCUCCGAUCAUGUUUCCAACCUAUGGAAAACAUGACAGGAAAAGUGGUUUUGAUCACUGGUGCUUCAUCGGGACUUGGAGAGCUCAUGGCUUACGAAUACGCGAAAAGAGGUGCAUGUUUAGCAAUUGUCGCGAUAAAAGAACCAGAGAGUCGACUUGAGCAAGUGGCAGAUAAAGCGCGUGAAUUUGGCUCUCCCGAUGUUCUUUUCGUGUUUGCGGAUGUGUCGGAGGUUAAUGAGUGUAGAAUGUUCGUGGAUGAGACCAUUAGACGUUUUGGUCGAUUAGAUCAUCUUGUCUGUAAUGCUGGAAUCGGGUCCCUUUAUUCGAUUAACAUUGGCGUCACCAAAUUCGCACCAGUUAUGGACAUAAACUUUUGGGGAUCAGUUUAUCCAACUCAUUUUGCGAUACCACAUCUCAUAAGAACUAAUGGAAAGAUUGUGGUCAAUGCUUCAUGUGGUGGAGUGUUGCACCCACCUAAAGGUGGCUUCUACAAUGCAAGUAAAGCAGCCUUAAUCAGCUUCUAUGAGUCCCUUAGAUUCGAAGUGUCUCCGAGAGUAACAAUAACAAUCUUGACACUCGGUUUCAUAGAAACCAACAUGAUAACACCCAAGUAUUCAACCAGUGGUGUUGGUGUUAGUCUAAGAAAAGGUUUUGGAACCAUCCACCCAACAAUGGGGGCAGAGUCAUGUGCAAUAGCCAUUGUCGAUGGAGUAUGCAAAGGAGCAACAUCCAUUACAGAACCAAGAUUCAUAAAGGUUCUGUUCUUGAUCAAGUUCUUGUUCCCAGGACUACAUCGUUUUCACAUGAAUAUAUUUUCCCUAGGAUUCUCUAAAGAACUAAAAGGAACAUAUGAAAACUGA